ACAAGUUAACGUUUCGUCUUAUUGGUCCGUAAAUUCUCACCCAUUGGCCGACUGAACAAAAUAAAGAAAGAAGUUCUCAGGGCGGGACAAAAGGUAAGGUGAGGGUGGGGGAGAAGAGAUGAGCUAAAAGUUACGGAUUUCCCUUUUCAACCAGGUAUAAGUCCACAGGUAGCCAGAGCAUCAAGGUCAUAACGAUACACCUAUCGCUUCUGAUUUGAGUCGGUUUGGAAUUUCUUCCCAUCUUUUGUGAGAUGCGCCGUUAUUUCUAAGCCAUCCCUUCGUGUUUCGCCGACACCACGUGCUAUUUCUGGUCUUUGAAACAUUCUCAUCUUGAUCGCCUAUAUGUGUUCCAGUUUUAUGACGGUUUUUUCGUUUCAUGUGAUGCCUGCUCAACAUUUUUGAAGAACAGACAUUAUUUAUAUAAAAUAUUCGAAACAUUUAUUUUUCUAUCGUGAGGUUUAUCAAUAAUAUCUGUUCAAAGAUUGAUCUAGUUUGAACUGAAAUAACUUUUUUCGAAAAUAUAUUAUGAGGACAUUUUGAGUCACCUUCAAUAUAAAAAAAAAUUGCAUUCAAGUAUCAUUGCUCAGAAAAAAAAUGAGCUCCUUUCUGAGUUUCCUAAACAAACCAGACUUAUACUCGUUGGACAAUUACGGGCCACUAGAUAACUCAUCGAUGAAACCAUUUAGAGAUUUGGACAAUUUCAGUUUCUUCGAGGAACCAUGCAUCAAUACCUUCAAAGAUCUCCCGACAAUUGAGAGUUCUUCUGGAGAUGAAAUUACUCUUACAGACUUAUCUUGUAACAAUUACAACAAAAGUGACAAGAUUAUUGAUUCUGAUUCUAGAUUAGAAUCUCCUCCAACAUACAUGGAAGAUUCAGAUUCUUCCACAUCCUACAGAACAAACAAUAGUGUAGAGAGUGUUGAGAAAAAGGUCAAGUCCACCCCUCCAAAGAGAUCCAGGUCAAAGAAAACGGGAGACAAUAAGAAAGAACGACCUAAAAAUGUUCCGAGAUCUGCCCCACCACCGGUUGUUCUAAAGAAAAGGAGAAUAGCUGCGAAUGCGAGGGAAAGACGGAGGAUGCAGAGUUUGAAUCUUGCCUUUGACCGGUUGCGAGAUGUCGUUCCGUCCAUUGGGGAAGAUAGGAAGUUAUCCAAAUAUGAAACUUUGCAAAUGGCCCAAACUUAUAUCACAGCUUUGUGUGAAUUGCUACAAAGAAACUAGAUACACAAAGAAUGUGUAUGAAAAUGUCUGUGAUAUUUCAUAAUGAUCUGAAUGAACUAAGUGAGAGAAAAAUUAUUAUUCUAUAAAUAGACUUGUGAAAUUCUGAGACUGAGAACUUUGAAGGUGAGCUAAAUCCUUAGAACUUGAAUUAUUUAAGCGUUUCAUCAAUGUGUUUAAUAUCUCCUUUUUUUAAAAGUUUUUCUUUACACUG